AUGGGCAGAAGCUGUUGGGUUUUUGCCUUUUUUGAAAAAGGGGAAAGAAAAGCAGUGUGGCGCCCAGCCCUAGAAGGGCUCUGGGUCUCCCGCGAGCGGCGUCCAUUAACCUGUUUUUCCAUUAGAAGAAGCUUAUCCAAACCUCGGGCGGAGCAGGCUUUUAGAAAGUUUUUUCCCCUCCUUGAUGGAGUUUUGAUUGAAAGGAGUGCAGCUGAGACUGUUGCCAAAGGAGGUAUUAUGCUUCCAGAAAAAUCUCAAGGAAAAGUAUUACAUGCAACGGUAGUAGCUGUUGGAUCAGGAUCUAAAGGAAAGAUUGGAGGAAUUCAACUAGUUAGUGUGAAAGUUGGAGAUAAACUUCUUCUUCCAGAAUAUGGUAGAAUCAAAGUAGUUAUAGAAGACAAGGACUAUUUCUUAUUUAGAGAUAGUGACAUUCUGGGGAAAUAUGUGGACUGA